AUCGCCGGGUGCCAAUGCUCGUCGAACAUGGUGUACACCGGAGGGUCCGGAACUGCACCUACACCCUACUGUGUUCUCCUUUCAAUGUUGACGCCGGAGAGAAUCCACCACUUGGGCGGAGCCUCGAGCCAUGGCCGGCAGCACCGGCAACGAAAACCGUUAAGGGGAAGGACAAAGACAUAGUCGGGCGAUGUCUAUAAGAGUUCCAAGGGAUAUCCUCUUCCUAUGUUCCAGAUUGACAGAGAAACAGCGACGCCUCAACUCCAAAUCGGCGCAUCAUCUAUUCUCUCGCACAUCGCACUCUCCUCCACACAACACAACACAAUCACCAUGUUCGCCAAGCUAGCUCUCCUCGCCGCCGCCACGGCGCCCACGGCGUUGGCCUGCCUCGGGUACGAGGGCGGGGUGCCCAAGUCGACCAACAACGUGCCGCUCAAGGCGCCCAUCUACGUCAAGGCCGGCGAGGUGUACGACGGCGGGUGGCAGAAGUUCGACCGCAGCCCGAGCACGUGCAAGGGGCAGGGCGAGGGCGGCGAGAAGGACACGGCCUUUGUGGUCGAGCGCGGCGGCACGCUGCGCAACGUCAUCAUCGGCAAGACGGUCGGCGAGGGCGUCUACUGCAAGGGCGGCGGCUGCAACCUCGAGUUCGUCUGGUUCGAGGACGUCUGCGAGGACGCCAUCUCCAUCAAGGAGGACCGGCCCGGCGACGUGACCAACAUCAUCGGCGGCGGCGCUUACCAUGCUGCGGACAAGGUCAUCCAGCACAACGGCUGCGGCCGUGUUAACAUCAUCAACUUCUACGCCGAAGACUACGGCAAGGUCUAUCGCUCGUGCGGAACUUGCCAGAAGUGCGCCCGCGAGGUCUACGUCGAGGGCGUCACGGCUCGCAAGGGAGGCGAGGUUGUCGGCAUCACCAAGGCCAACGGCGACAAGGCCACCCUGGUCAACGUCUGCACCGACGCCAAGACGCCGUGCCAGAACUACAACGGCCCGGGCAAGAAGGACGGCGCCUGCUGA